AUGUUGACAAGGAAGCGUCCCACCUUGGGGUUCUUGCUCUCACAGCUCUCCAGACAUGCCAGUCACCUUGCCAGGCAGCAGUAUGAUGUCAUCGUGGUGGGCGGGGGUCACGCAGGUACCGAGGCGGCAGCGGCGGCAUCUCGGGUGGGAGCGCAGACGCUGUUGGUCACGCAGAAAGUUCAUACCAUCGGUGCCCUGUCGUGCAACCCGUCUCUGGGCGGGGUGGGGAAGGGUCACCUGGUGAAGGAGGUGGAUGCUCUGGACGGCGUGUGCGGUCGAGCCGGAGACUGGGCCGGCAUCCAUUUCUCCAUCUUGAAUCGCAGGAAGGGCCCCGCUGUGUGGGGGCCGCGGGCUCAGCUGGACCGCCAACGCUACCGCCAAUUCAUUCAGUCUGAGCUUCUGUCCACUCCCAGACUGACUGUGCUGGAGGGAUCAGUGGAGGAGCUUCUUGUCACAGAAUCUAACCCAGAAGAGCCUGGAUGCCACAGAGUCACUGGGAUACGUUUAGCCGGUGCAAGCCUCUUGAUCUCAGCCCACUCUGUGGUUCUUACGACCGGGACUUUCCUAUCCGGCUCCCUCUUCAUGGGUCAGAACACGUCCCCAGGGGGACGAAUCGGAGACACACCGUCCAGCGCCGGAAUGUCCCACACGCUGCGGGAGCGCCUGGGGCUGAAGAUGGGCCGUCUCCGGACGGGUACCCCACCCAGAAUUGUAAAGGCUUCAGUGGACUUUGAGCAGGCCACGCUACACCAGCCUGAUAGUCAGCCAAGUCCCUUCAGCUUCCUCAACAGCCACACUCACUGCAAGCCCGAGGAGCAGCUGCCGUGCUACUUGACCUAUACCACUCCUGGUGUGGACCAAGUGGUGAAUGAGAGUCUUCACCUCAACUGCCACAUACAGCAGGACACAAAGGGCCCCAGGUACUGCCCCUCAAUUGAGUCCCGAGUACUUCGCUUCCCGGGCAGGCAGCAUCAGGUGUGGCUGGAACCUGAGGGGCUGACCUCUGACCUGGUGUACCCACAGGGGCUCUCUAUGACAAUGCCCGCUGACAUGCAGCUGCGCCUCAUCAGAGAGAUCCCGGCCUUGCACAGGGCCGAAAUCCACACGGCCGGUUAUGGCGUGCAGUAUGACUUUGUGUGCCCCACUCAGCUGAGCCCUGCACUGCAGGUGAAAAGCACCCAAGGUCUUUUCCUGGCCGGGCAGAUUAACGGGACCACGGGCUACGAGGAGGCUGCCGCACAGGGCUUGUGGGCGGGGGUCAACGCAGCCCGCGCCGCGCUCUCCAUGCCCACGAUGGCGCUAUCUCGAACAGAGAGCUACAUCGGCGUUCUGAUCGACGACCUCGUGACGCGGGGCGUGACGGAACCUUACCGCAUGUUCACCAGCCGGGCGGAGUUCCGAACGUCCCUCAGGCCGGACAAUGCUGACUUGCGACUUAGCCUGAAAGGCUUCGAGGAGGUGGGUUGCGUGUCCUCCCCGCGCUACCAGAAGACUGUGAGAGUGCGAGACAGUCUCCAAGAUGCACUCGCAGCUCUUCAGGACAUUUCUUUGCCCGCCGCAAGCUGGAGACUGAAGCUGCCUCACGUACACAUCAGCGAGAACAAAUCAGACAGUUCGACCGGCUUGCAGAUUCUGCAGUACAACGACGCCACCUUUGAAAUGUUGGCAUCCAUUCUCCCAGAAUGCCUUUCUCCCUACACAGAAUUCUCACAAAGGCUGAAGAUAGAAGCUGUGUACAGGCCUCACUGUGCUCUUCAGCAGAAGGAGAUUGAAAGGAUUCAAAAAGAGGAGAGCAUGUCUCUCCCACAUGACUUGGACUAUUUGUCUCUGCCCGCCUCUCUGUCACAGGAGGUCCGGGAGAUUUUGGACAGAGUUCGCCCGAGCACGCUGGGCGCCGCUACGCGUUUGCAAGGAAUAACGCCGGCUGCAAUUGUCCACCUUCUCAACUACAUCCGCCCCGCGGGGAAGAAGGAGAAAAGAGCGCAGGGGAACUAACCUGAGUAAAAGGAGAAGCUAGAAGUGGAGCAGCGUACAGCAAAAAUACACCUUCACUAAGAAUGUACAAAAACACAUUGAUGCCAUCACUAAUCUUUCAAUAAAGCGGUCAGCCAA